AUGAAGAUUAAUCAAAUACCUAUUUUCAGUAAUUUUCUUACCUCUAAAUUAUUAAUAACUUUUAAUAUUAAGUUUUUUUAUUUUAUUGAAACAGAUAAUUAGAAUAAAUAAAACAAUUUAAAUCUACUUUAGAAAAUGAAAUUUGAGAUUUUAGAGGAUUUCCUUUCAUGUAGCUUCCAAAGUCACUAGAAACUAGAGCUAUAAUUUAGUGGGAGUUAUAUGAUAGAUAAAAGAAUUGCUAGUUUAUGUACAGGAUUAGCAAAUUGCAUCAAUCUUAUAAAUUUGGAAAUUAAUUUAAGCGCUAGUUAAAUCAAUGAUUAAAGGCUUCUAAGCAUAUGUUAAACUUUAGGAAAUUUAGAUGGUUUAUAGAGUCUAUCUAUUUAUUUAUAGUAAUCAAAUAUUUUCUUCUGUUUUUACUCAAAUUAAAUAGGAGAAAGUGGUCUAUUUUAUUUAAGUUCUGCCUUAAAUGAUCUAUAAAAUAUUUAAAACUUGAAUAUUUCUUUGAGUGAAAAUAAAAUAACAAAUAAAGCUAUAAUUGAAUUUGGUAGUUCAUUAAAGAGUUGCCUUAAUCUACAAGUAUUAAAAAUUACACUUGGAUGGAAUUAGAUAAAUAGUUAAGCAGCUUUUAGUUUUUGUAAGUGCUUGUCUGAAUUGAAAAAAGUUUCAAAUGUGAGCCUUAAUUUUUAGUUUAAUGAAGUUUACAAUUCAACUUGUUUGAAGAGGACAUUAAAGAAAUAUCCAAGAUUGGUAAUGCUAAACAUAUAAAUUUGA